AACCAGUCCCAGCCCAGCCGGGGAGGCUGCGGGCGCGCCGGCAGCGCCGGGCGGCAGCGCUGGGGGAGAGCGACCCGGCCCCGGCCCCGUUCCCAGCCCCCGCCGUCGGUGCGGGACGGCCCCGCCAUGGGCACGGCGCCGCAGGCUGGGUCUGUGAAGACGGGGAAGAUGCCAGAAGGGGAGAAGACGAGGCAGUGCAAGCAGGAAGCGGAGCAGCAGCACAAAGAAGAUGAGCGGGAGGGCCUCAUCGAGUUCUACGGCUCCUACCAGGAGCUCUUCCAGUUCUUCUGCAGCAACACAACCAUCCACGGAGCUAUCCGCCUGGUGUGCUCCAAAAAGAAUAAGAUGAAGACAGCCUUCUGGUCCGUUCUCUUCUUUCUCACCUUCGGCUUGAUGUACUGGCAGUUUGGGAUCCUCUACAGGGAGUACUUCAGCUACCCUGUCAACCUCAACCUCAACCUUAACUCCGACAGGCUGACUUUCCCUGCUGUGACGCUUUGCACCCUCAAUCCAUACAGAUACAGUGCCAUCCGGAAGAAGCUGGAUGAGCUGGACCAAAUCACCCACCAAACACUGCUGGACCUUUAUGACUACAAUAUGUCUCUGGCACGGAGUGACUGGUCAACGGCGUCCACACGAAAGCGCACCUCAAGGAGCCUGCUCCAUCACGUUCAGCGCCACCCGCUGAGAAGGCAGAAGCGUGAUAACUUGGUCAGCUUCCCAGAGAACAGCCCCUCGGUGGACAAGAAUGACUGGAAAAUUGGCUUUAUUCUGUGCAGUGAGAACAACAAGGAUUGUUUCCAUCAGGUGUACUCCUCAGGGGUGGAUGCAGUGCGGGAAUGGUACAGCUUUCACUACAUCAACAUCCUGGCGCAGGUGCCUGAUGCGAAAGCCCUGGAUGAGUCUGACUUCGAGAAUUUCAUUUACGCUUGCCGCUUCAAUGAAGCAACAUGUGACAAGGCGAAUUAUACCCACUUCCACCAUCCCUUGUAUGGGAACUGCUAUACCUUCAACGACAACAGCAGCAGCCUGUGGACAUCCUCUCUGCCUGGGAUCAGUAACGGUCUCUCUCUGGUGGUGCGCACUGAGCAGAACGAUUUCAUCCCUCUGUUGUCCACGGUGACAGGAGCCAGGGUCAUGGUCCACGACCAGAAUGAGCCAGCCUUCAUGGAUGAUGGGGGCUUCAAUGUGCGUCCAGGUAUUGAGACCUCCAUCAGCAUGAGAAAGGAGAUGACCAUGCGCCUUGGGGGCAGUUACAGCGAUUGCACAGAGGAUGGCAGUGAUGUGCCAGUGCAAAACCUGUACUCAUCCCGCUACACUGAGCAGGUCUGCAUUCGUUCCUGCUUUCAGCUCAACAUGGUAAACCGCUGUAGCUGUGCAUAUUAUUUCUAUCCCUUACCCGCCGGAGCAGAAUAUUGUGACUACACUAAGCACGUAGCAUGGGGCUACUGCUAUUACAAACUCCUGGCUGAAUUCAAAGCUGAUGUGCUGGGCUGUUUCCACAAGUGUCGGAAGCCUUGCAAAAUGACAGAAUACCAGCUCUCAGCUGGAUACUCUCGCUGGCCUUCUGCUGUCUCAGAGGAUUGGGUUUUUUACAUGCUUUCACAACAGAACAAAUAUAAUAUCACAUCCAAGAGGAAUGGAGUUGCCAAAGUGAAUAUAUUUUUUGAGGAAUGGAACUACAAGACCAACGGGGAGUCACCAGCCUUCACGGUAGUAACUCUGUUGUCCCAGCUGGGGAAUCAGUGGAGUCUGUGGUUUGGAUCCUCUGUCCUGUCCGUGAUGGAGCUUGCAGAACUGAUUCUGGAUUUCAUUGCCAUCACCUUUAUCCUGUCCUUCCGCUGGUUCCGCUCCCGGCAGCGGCAUUCCCCCCCAGCACCCCCUCCGAACAGCCACAACAACACUGCCUUCCAAGACGAGGCAUCGGGACUCAGUGCUCCACAUCGCUUCACUGUUGAGGCUGUAGUGACCAUGCUGCCUUCUUACAACAGCCUGGAACCACACGGUCCCAGCAGGGAUGGUGAGGUGUGUCACGAGUAAGACAGUGGCUGAUUCCACAGUUCAGCUAGGUGGCAAUCAGACCAGAAGCUGCAGUCACUCUGUGGGACCUUUCUUUCUCUUCGGGAUGCUCUGCCUGGAUCAUAGCAGAGGACUGCACUGUGGUUGGCCUAUGUUAAUCGCUUUCACUAUUGUACGAUAAUUCUUCAGUCUCACAAAAUAAUAUUGCUCUGCAGAUCACCAGGGAUGACAGUCAACCUUGUGUUUGUAUGGGGGAGAUACCAAUUUGGUUUACUUAAAGUCCUUCUGUGUGCACACCUCCACGUGCAUGCAUGCAUGCUUUCUUUUCUCUGCAACAAGGAUGCUGCCACAGCUGUCAUCUGUUGUUAAUUAAAAGAGGUUUAGCACA